AUGCUGAAAGUCAAAGCCAGAAAGGCGCUGACCCCUCUCACUACUGCGUUGCUGCUGGCUGCGGAGCUUGCAGUCUGUGCCUUCUAUUACCUAGGCUCGGCGGAGACCUUCUCCAGCGCCACCAAGAGGUUGAAGGAGGCCCGCGCUGGGGUCCCCUCCGAGCCUUCGCUGCUCACGCCGGAGGUGGCACGGGGCUCCGUGGCACUGGGCGGCGCCAAGGUCAAGAGCCUGGAGGGCGGCGGGGUGGACUACCACCUGCUGAUGAUGUUCACCAAAGCCGAGCACAAUGCCUCACUUCAGGCCAAGGCCCAAGUCACGUUGCGCUCGCUGCUGCUUCUUGCCAUGUUCGAGGUGCACGAGGUGCUUAACCUGCACUUCGUGAGCGCGGAGGCCAACCGCAAGGUGGCCAAGGCCCUGCUGCAGGAGCUGCUGGUCCGGCAGGGGCCGCCCCCAACACACUACCCAUCGCUGGAGAGAGUCCAGCCUAACUGUAUGCCCAUGCGUAGGACAAUAACUGUGUGGGAGGUCAUCUUCCACAAUGUUGCCGAUGUUGCCGCACUGACGGACAAGCUCUUCCCCGUGGUAGAGGCCAUGCAGAAACACUUCAGCGCUGAUUCAGGGACCUACUACAGUGACUCCAUCUUCUUCCUCUCAGUUGCCAUGCAUCAGAUCAUGCCCAAAGAGAUCCUCCGGAUCAUUCAACUAGACCUCGAUCUGAAGUACAAGACUAAUAUCCGGGAGUUAUUCGAAGAGUUUGACAAUUUCCUCCCAGGUGCUGUCAUUGGCAUAGCCAAAGAGAUGCAGCCAGUGUACAGGCACACAUUCUGGCAGUUCCGCCACGAGAACCCCACGACCAGGGUGGGGGGCCCUCCCCGCAAUGGGCUCCCUGGCUUCAACAGCGGGGUGAUGCUGCUGAACCUGGAGGCCAUGCGCCAGUCCACACUCCACAGUUGCCUGCUGGAGCCCACCCACGUGCAGCAGCUGGCCAGCAAGUACCACUUCGGCGGCCACCUCGGGGACCAGGACUUCACCAUGAUCCGCAUGGAGCACCCCGAGCUCUUCCACGUUCUGGGCUGCACCUGGAACCGGCAUCUGUGCACCUGGUGGAGGGACCACAGCUACAGCAACGUCUUUGAGGCCUACUUCCGCUGUGUGGGCUACGUCAAGAUCUACCAUGGGAACUGCAACACCCCCAUCCCCGAUGCCUAG